CUCCUCCUCCUCCUCCUCCCGCGCUUCCUUCUCGCCGGCGAGCAUUAUACACAAAGCCAUGGGGUUUCAGGAGCCCGGCGUGCCUUUGACCCUUCUCCUUUGGAUUACGGCUUCUUCCUGGGGCUGCCUGCCCGGCGUGGAGGCGGCCGGCGGAGGCGGCGCUGCUGCUGCUGCUGCUGGAGAGGCGGCUCGCAGGCAGGACGACUCCUUCUCGGCGGCCAGCGUCUACGGAGCGAGGUGCACCUCCAGGUGCCUCAGUCUGCAGAUCACGCGCAUCUCCGCCUUCUUCAAGCAUUUCCAGAAUAAUGGUUCCUUAGUCUGGUGCCAGAAUCACAAACAGUGUUCAAAGUGUCUGGAGCCCUGCAAAGAAUCCUGGGACUUGAAGAAAAACCAUUGCCAAAGUUUCUGUGAGCCUCUUUUCCCCAAGAAGAACUACGAAUGCUUAACUAGCUGUGAAUUCCUCAAAUACAUCUUGUCGGUGAAGCAAGGAGACUGCCCAGCACCCGAGAAGGCCAGUGGCUUUGCGGCUGCCUGUGUUGAAAGCUGUGAGGCUGACAGCGAAUGUUCUGGUGUGAAAAAAUGCUGUUCCAAUGGAUGUGGGCAUACAUGCCAAGUACCAAAAAACUUAUACAAAGGUGUCCCUUUGAAACCCAGAAAAGAAUUAAAAUUCAGUGAACUUCAAUCUGGACAGCUGGAAGUGAAGUGGUCUUCAAAAUUCAACAUUUCUAUUGAGCCUGUGCUUUAUGUGGUGCAAAGGAGAUGGAACUAUGGGAUUCAUCCCAGCGAGGACGAUGCUACCAGUUGGCAAACUGUAGCUCAGACUACAGAGGAGAGAAUACAACUGUCCGAUAUCAGGCCAAGCAGGUGGUACCAAUUCCGAGUGGCUGCCAUUAACGUGCAUGGAACUAGAGGCUUCACAGCUCCUAGCAAACACUUCCGCUCUUCAAAAGACCCAUCAGCUCCACCUGCACCAUCUAAUCUCCGAAUUGCCAACUCAACAGUGAACAGUGAUGGAAGUGUAAGUGUCAAGAUUAUUUGGGAUCUUCCAGAGGAACCUGACAUUCCAGUCCAUCACUACAAAGUCUUCUGGAGCUGGACAGUCAACAGCAAGUCUUUUGUCCCAGCUAAAAAGAAGAGAAGGAAGACUACAGACGGGUCGCAGAAUUAUGUAGUUCUCGAAGGCCUACAGCCGAACAGUAACUUCAUGGUGGAACUGCAGGCAGUUACAUACUGGGGUCAAGUACGCCUGAAAAGUGCCAAAGUGUCUCUUUACUUCAGUUCCACUCAGACAGCUGUUAACAAAGAACAGAUAUCUGUGGUUGAGAAAGCAACUGAUGCUGCUCCAUCCUUUAAAGGAAGAAGACCCAGUCGUCUUCUUGAAAUCGGAGUGCCUUUUUAUCAAGACGAUCAACUUCAGGUGAAAGUCUAUUGGAAGAAAACAGAAGAUGCCAGCAGCAGGAGCAGAUAUCAUGUCCAAUGGUUCCCAGAGUCUUGUCUGCACAAUGAUACAAAAGCGUCUGAAAAAUCCAGUGGUAUAACGUAUGAAAACUAUAUAAUUCUUCAAGACCUGUUAUUUUCCUGCAAAUACAAAGUUACAGUCCAGCCAGCAAGAUCCAAAGGCCAAUUAAAGGCUGAAAGUAUUUUCUUUACUACUCCACCUUGUUCUGAUCUUAAAGGAAAGAAGCACAAGCACAUCAGUUGCCCCACUGAAGGAGUUCCAGUUGUCCCCAAAGUGCUGGCCAAGCCCGAGAAUCUUUCUGCCUCUUUCAUUGUCCAGGACAUCAACAUUACUGGGCACUUUUCCUGGAAAAUAUCAAAAGUAAAUCUUCACCAACCCAUGACAGGGUUCCAAGUCACUUGGGCAGAGGUUACAACUGAGAGCAGACAAAACAGCUUGCCCAACAGCAUUAUUUCCCAGUCACAAAUACUGCCAGUAGAUCAUUAUGUACUGACAGUUCCCAACUUGAGGCCAUCGACCCUCUACCGUUUAGAAGUACAAGUUCUGACAACAGGUGGAGAGGGACCAGCUACAAUAAAAUCAUUCCGAACACCUGACUUGCUGAUGUCUCCACACAGACCUCAUCUGAAGCAACAUCACCCACAUCAUUAUAAGCCGCCACCUGAAAAGUACUAAAGUGCAUUGGAUUAUUAACUAACUGGAAAAGAACAUAAAAGAGCUCUUGCGAAAAUAUCAGAAAAACGUAUCUAUCUAACUGGACUAUGAAAUGGUCUGUGCUUUCAGUGGAUGCUCAUCAUUUGAAAAAUAUUUUAUGAACUCAAAGAUGAAGUAUGCCUGGCAAGGAUCAUUGUAUUCACGUAAAUAGAAACAUCCAACAUCUAUGAAAAUUUAAAGAGUAUAUGAAUAUAGUGAUUUACUAGCAUCAUAGCGUACACUGUUUGACAUUCACACUCUUCUCAGUCUUUAUUACUGUCUAUGUGCAUGGUGGUUUUUUGUAUUAUAGAGAGUUUUAAAUGUAUAGAUGUAAACAAACAUUUAUCUGUUAUCAAUUUACUAUAUCUCUGAUCCUGUAACUAUUUGUCAAGAGAAACAGAAUCUGUUGACAGGGCAGUCUCCAGCUACAAUGCAAGCACAACUACUUUUAGCUGCACGGUAUAAAUUCCCUUCCCACUUCUAUUUCUGUGGGCCAGAGUAACUGUUUAGAUGGCUACCCCUCACAAAUCCCAUAUUAUGAUUGGUUUAAUGAAGACCCUUGAUGCACUGUGCCAGAUAGGGAAAACCCCCCAGCU